UAAAAAAUAAGUUCUGUCUUGCUGGUCGGACGCAAGCUGCCACUCACGAUUGACAUUGUUAGGGAAAGUGAAUAAUGUGACUUAAUUUGUUGUCCACAUCGCCACUUGGGAAUUGUAUCUUCACGACACAUAUGACCGAGUUGGUCGCUAGUCGUGGUUGCGGUCUUUCAUGUUGUUUGAAUGCUGUUUAAGAGUAGACCUAACACGAGGAAUUUUGAGUAAGUUAUUUCGAAAUAACAUCGGGAAAUUGCCACUUCGUGAUCAUUGAAGCCAGUUAUAUGCAUAUUUUUGCUAUAUUAUUUAUCGAAAUAUAUACCCAAACAAGCUAUAAAAGUGAAACCAUUUGAUACCGAUCUUUCAGUUUUAUUAAAAGUUCGCUUGGGUUGAGACUGCUUUCCAAAAAUGGAACGGUUCGUUGUAUACGUUCUUUGUUUGUCGGUUCUUACAACACACGCGGAUGUUUUUGCAACCAAAAGUUUGAUCAGAGCACUCGUUCCUCCGCGAAGGGAUAACGAAUACGGGAAUACCCAACCCACCACAACUCUGCUUCCUGAAGUAAUAAUCAACCGCAAAGCAGUUAGUCCUACGAUAGCUCCUCAGCAAGAUUCGCAAGGCUAUUUAUACGACCCUUUCAUUGAUGAUUAUCUACCACCGGACAAAACGUUCGCAGAUGAGCCGGUACCACUACCGCAAUUACCGCCGUUUUCUGACGGAUACCCAUCGGUUGUUAAUCAAUAUAUACCACCUGAUAAAAAUCCUGUAUUUUCGGACAAACCAGCCAAUGACUACCUACCACCACUUCAACAACCGCCGCAGAGCGAUGAAAUAAUAAUCGUUACAACUGCACCCGGAUAUCUCUACGAACCACCUAGUUCUUCACAGCCGUCUUUCGCAGAUGAAGGAUUUGUGAACCCACCCUCUAUUGAAGAUGGUUAUCAUUACAACACUCCCACAAACGGUUAUCUACCCCCGGUUGGACGGUCUUUACGUGACGAAAUACAACAAGGUGUUCCAAUAAGACUUCAAUUGAACGAACUGGCUUGCCAGCAAAACAGUGGCGGAUAUUUUAGAUCUACGUUAACAAUUCAAAAUUUCAUCGAUAGUACCCCAAUCGUAGACGUGGAUAGUGAUAGCGGAGACCUGCUUCCUUGCAAUGUGCGUAUAGAUCAAUCGCGACUUUUAGUGAACAUUGAUGCUAGUUAUUUUACAAAGUGUGGUGUACAACGCUGUGGUAGUAACGCUCGUGAAUUAUGUUUGCGUUUAAGGUUUCCUCAGAUUGUCGGUAUGCGAACGGCUUCAGAUGCAAUUCUCACGCUGCAGUGUAAAAUACAGCAAAGAGUUGUUGCCAGGACUCACGCCUUUAGACUAGGUAUCGGCAAUAAUGUACAAGGAAAAAGUGCCUCCGGAACAUUUGCUUUCGGAGGAUCGCAACGACCAUUUAGAUCUCAACUUGGGCUUUUCCGGAAACAAGAUAACGGAAAUGGAUUUACCCGUUCGCUUGAACCGGGAGGAUCUGUUUUGUUGGGUGAAGAUCUUAUUCUUAGAACGCAGGUUAAAAGUGGGGACGGCUGGAACUAUACGAGACUAUCCGAGGUGGUAAUGCAACGAUUAUCGCACACAAGAGAGGUUUUGAACUCGGCAACAUUAGUAACGCUCAAAGGGUGUGUUAACCCUACGAUGAAAGCUAUCUGCCCGGCAGCUCCUGUAUCAGAAUCACCCUUAAGUUUCAGGCUGGCAUUUCGGGCGGCAAUGUUCCAAGGAAUGCGUAGUGGAGAUGAAAUGGUCCUACGCGUUCGCGUGGUGGGUUGUGUUGAUCGUCGCGAGUGUUCCGUGGAGAGCUGCGCCACAGUCAGAUCAAAACGUGAAACUACCGAAAACUUCACAACAGAACCAGUUGAACAUGAGCUACCGUCGGAAAUUGCUACAAUUUCGUUUCGAAUCCUGUUACCGGCUAACGCAACUGUUGGUCGAUACCCUAGUGGUGUGCCAACAUCUGUUCUCACACUUUGGACAACGGUGAUAAUUUCUCUGAUAACACUCAUAGCUCUAAUCGUGUUAAUAGGUAUCAUUAAACUGUAUCGCACAAAACAACCCUGCUAUGACGAGUAUCGAUCUGACUGAAUGUUAUUAGUAAGGGAACACAGCUCCCACUACAACGGAAGCGAAUGGUACCUAGUUGACUCACGUAGAAGUAGCUAUCCGUUCAUGCCCUCACUAUUAAAAUAAAUUGGCGGGAUUGUCAUCAGUAUGCCGCACGCACAGUAGAACCACGGCCGAGAAAAAAAGCUAACGCUAACCACGUAGUCACUAAACACAGUAAUUCAUUAGUAGUGGCUAAUGCAGCCAGUCUUCGGUGAAAUAAGUUAUUAUAUUUAUUUAUUAUAUAGUGGUAAUGAAAAAUGUGAACGCACUGGACAAAACACUGGCUGGAAUCUUAAAUAAACCUUCUGAGAAUUCUCUUACAUCAUCGUCGGAAAUACUGGUCAACUGCAGCCGGUUUCGCAAUUAACUACUGCAGCCUAAAGCGGAAAAGCUUGCAGUAACGAAUUCACGACAUGCCCUACUCUCACAGUUGGGUUUAAUCACAUAAUUAUACUAAUUGUGUAUUUAUUUUACCUAUAAUAAUAUGUUAUUAUGUGUGUCGCCCAUAAACGAUUUCUAAGACAAUGUAUUGUACACGC